CUGUUUUACUUCAAAGAAUUGCCAAGAAAAUGCUUUUAGAAGAAAUCAAAGCCAAUCUUUCCUCUGAUGAGGAUUCAUCUUCAGAUGAAGAGCCGGAGGAAGGAAAAAAGAAACCUGCAAAGCAGCCUGAGAACACGGGAGAUGAUGGAGAGAAUGAAAAGGAAGAAAAUAAGUCUGUAAAGGAAGAAAGUAAUUCUGAAUCGGAUUCAGAGGAAGAAGAGUCAUCCAAGAAGCCCAGAUACAGACACAGGCUGCUGAGGCACAAGCUCACCAUGAGUGAUGGGGAAUCUGGUGAAGACAAAAAGGUGGUGAAACGAAAAGACAAAAAAGAAGGGGGGAAGCGUAGAAAUAGAAGGAAAGUGAGCAGCGACGAUUCCAAUGACUCCGAGUUCCACGAGUCUGCAGUGAGCGAAGAAGUCAGUGAGUCUGAAGAUGACCAACGUCCAAGGACAAGAUCUGCCAAGAAAGCUGAGGCAGAAGAAAACCAGCGCAGUUACAAACAGAAGAAGAAACGAAGGCGAAUAAGGGUUCAAGAGGAUUCAUCAAGUGAGAAUGACAAUAAGAGUAAUUCUGAGAAUGAGGACAAUGAUGAUUCAAAAUCUCCUGGAAAAGGCAGGAAGAAAAUAAGGAAAAUUAUUAAAGACGAUAAGCUUAGAACAGAAACCCAGAAUGCACUUAAAGAAGAAGAAGAAAGAAGAAAACGUAUAGCAGAGAGAGAACGGGAGAGAGACAAAUUGAGAGAGGUGAUAGAGAUAGAAGAUGCUUCACCUCUGAAAUGUCCCAUUACAACUAAGCUGGUUUUAGAUGAAGAUGAAGAAACCAAAGAACCAUUAGUGCAGGUUCACAGGAGUAUAGUUACCAGACUGAAACCACACCAAGUAGAUGGUGUUCAGUUCAUGUGGGAUUGCUGUUGUGAAUCUGUAAAAAAAACAAAGACAUCUCCUGGUUCUGGAUGCAUUCUUGCUCACUGUAUGGGCCUGGGGAAAACGUUACAGGUAGUAAGUUUUCUCCACACAGUCUUGCUGUGUGACAAGCUGGAUUUUCGGACAGCUCUGGUUGUGUGUCCACUGAACACUGCCUUGAACUGGCUGAACGAGUUUGAAAAAUGGCAAGAAGGUUUAGAAGAUGAGGAAAGACUAGAGGUCUGUGAGCUGGCAACCGUGAAGCGCCCUCAGGAGAGGAGCUACAUGCUGCAGCACUGGCAGGACGAGGGGGGUGUGAUGAUCAUAGGCUACGAGAUGUACCGAAAUCUGGCACAAGGCAGGAAUGUGAAGAGCAGGAAACUUAAAGAAAUAUUCAAUAAAGCAUUAGUUGAUCCAGGUCCUGACUUUGUGGUUUGUGAUGAAGGACACAUUCUGAAGAACGAGGCAUCUGCUGUCUCCAAGGCAAUGAAUUCUAUUCGGUCUAGGAGAAGAAUAAUUCUUACAGGAACACCACUGCAAAAUAAUCUUAUAGAAUAUCACUGCAUGGUUAACUUUAUUAAGGAGAAUUUACUUGGUUCAAUUAAGGAGUUCCGGAAUCGGUUCAUAAACCCGAUCCAGAACGGGCAGUGCGCAGACUCCACUCUGGCAGACGUCAGAGUGAUGAAGAAACGUGCACACAUCCUCUAUGAGAUGUUGGCUGGAUGUGUUCAGAGGAAAGAUUACACAGCAUUAACAAAAUUCCUCCCUCCGAAAUAUGAGUAUGUUCUGGAGGUUCGGAUGACUCCUAUUCAGUGCAAACUGUACCAGUACUACUUGGAUCAUCUGACAGGUGUAGGUGGUGGCAAUGAAGGUGGAAGAGGCAAAGCUGGAGCUAAACUUUUCCAGGAUUUCCAGAUGUUGAGCAGAAUCUGGACUCACCCUUGGUGCUUGCAGCUGGACUAUAUUAGCAAAGAAAAUAAGGGCUAUUUUGAUGAAGACAGCAUGGAUGACUUCAUAGCUUCAGAUUCGGAAGAAACUUCAAUGAGCUUAAGUUCUGAUGAUUAUGCAAAGAAAAAAAAAUCCAAGGGGAAAAAGGUGAAGAAAGAGUGUAGCUCAAGUGGAAGUGGCAGUGAUAAUGAUGUUGAAGUCAUUAAAGUCUGGAAUUCAAGAUCUCGUGGAGGUGGAGAAGGAAAUGCAGAAGAUCUUUCAAACAACCCGUCAUCAACAAAGUCAGAUGAAGGCAAAGCUACAUCCUCUUCCAAUCCUGGCAGCCCAGCACCAGAUUGGUACAAAGAUUUUGUCACUGAUGCAGAUGCUGAAGUGUUGGAACAUUCUGGGAAAAUGGUGCUUCUCUUUGAAAUUCUUCGAAUGGCAGAGGAGCUUGGAGACAAAGUCCUAGUGUUCAGCCAGUCCCUGAUAUCUCUGGAUUUGAUAGAAGAUUUCCUGGAGCUGGCUAACAGGGAGAAAACCGACAGAGAUAAGCCUCCUAUCUAUAAAGGUGAGGGAAAAUGGUUCAGAAACAUCGAUUACUAUCGCUUGGAUGGCUCAACUACAGCUCAGUCAAGAAAGAAAUGGGCUGAAGAAUUUAAUGAUGAAACUAAUGUGAGAGGCCGCUUGUUUAUUAUAUCCACUAAAGCAGGUUCCCUUGGAAUAAACCUGGUGGCUGCCAACAGAGUCAUCAUCUUUGAUGCCUCUUGGAACCCAUCCUACGACAUCCAGAGUAUUUUCAGGGUCUAUCGUUUCGGACAGAACAAACCUGUGUUCGUGUACAGGUUUUUGGCUCAGGGCACGAUGGAGGACAAGAUCUACGACCGCCAGGUGACCAAGCAGUCGCUGUCCUUCCGCGUGGUGGACCAGCAGCAGGUGGAGCGGCACUUCACCAUGAACGAGCUCACAGAGCUCUACACCUUCGAGCCAGACCUGCUGGACGACCCCAACUCGGAAAAGAAGAAGAAGAGAGACACCCCCAUGUUACCCAAAGACACAAUCCUGGCAGAAUUGCUUCAGAUCAACAAAGAGUAUAUAGUUGGAUAUCACGAACAUGAUUCACUCCUGGACCAUAAGGAGGAAGAGGAACUCACUGAAGAAGAAAGGAAGGCAGCCUGGGCAGAAUAUGAAGCAGAGAAGAAGGGCAUCACUAUGCGUUUCAACAUGCCAACUGGGACCAAUAUGAUUCCCACGAAUUUCAACUCUCAAACAUAUAUUCCCUACAAUUUGGGGGCUCUGUCAGCAAUGAGUAACCAACAGCUGGAGGACCUUAUUAAUCAAGGAAGAGAGAAGGUUGUGGAAGCAACCAACAGUGUAGCUGCAGCAAGAAUUCAGCCCCUUGAAGACAUCAUUUCAGCCAUAUGGAAAGAAAACGUAACCCUGACAGAGAGCCAAGUGCAGGCCCUGGCACUGAACAGACAGGCGAGCCAGGAGCUGGAUGUGAAGCGCCGAGAAGCCAUUUACAACGACGUCCUCGGGAAACAGCAGAUGUUAAUCGGUUGUGUCCAGAGGAUCCUGAUGAACAGGCGGCUCCAGCACCAGUACAACCAGCAGCAGCAGCAGCAGAUGUCUUACCAGCAAGCAGCCAUGGGCCACCUCAUGAUGCCAAAGCCUCCAAAUUUAAUCAUGAAUCCUUCCAGCUUCCAAGGGAUAGAUGUGAGAGGAAUGUAUCAGUCAAUGGCUGGUGGGAUGCAGCCACCACCCUUACAACGAGCACCACCCCCAAUGAGAGGCAAAAAUCCAGGGCCUUCCCAAGGGAAAUCAAUGUGAUUUUGCACUAAAAGCCUAAAGGAUUGUUAAAAUCAGAGAAAGAACUUUUAUUUUUUUAGGAAUCAAUGGCCUAACAGAACUCAACUGUAAAAAAAAAAAAAAUUAAAAAGAAUUGUUUGGUUGCUCCCCUUAAAUGCCAUGUUCCAUAUUAGUGUUUCAGCUUUGUUUAAAUUGGACAUGAUGUUUUCCCUGUUGUCAGUGAUGUUGCCUAGAAUCUUCUUACAUAUGUUGAGUACAGGAGAUAACAAGUUGUUUUCAGUGAAAACAAGUCCUCCCGUUACAGUAGCAUCUCCACAGGUUUCCUGUCUAAACUCCUACGAUUGCUUUUCAUGGCUGCAAAGCUUUGGGAAGCUUAGGAAGGACUGCAGGUCUGUAUGUUCAGUCUGAUGUAUGUGAAUUGUAAACAGCUGAGUUCUUGAUUAGAGUUGAUUCCUCAAAUUAUGGAAUACUUUUCUGCUUACCCCUUUCUUUCUAUUAGUGGGAAUGUUACAACAGAAAUAGUCCAGUUUCCUUCUGACUGAGGUCUGGGCUUGUGUGGAUCGUCUGUGCUGAAUGAAACAGGAACUGAAAAUACUCUCUGAAACAGAAUUGAGUGCAAUAUUCGUAAAUACUACUGCUCUGAACCUUCUGAGUCACAGAGACACUGUGCAUCCAGCCUUAACCACGGCUGGGGAAGGGCUGGCCUUCCCUGGUCUUCUGCCAUUUCUUAUUUUCAGUUCCAUGUGAUGGAAUAGCAGCUGAUGAUCUCAGAGUGGGAGAUGUUUUUCCUUCACACACUAAUUUCCUUGAUGCAGAGUCCCACCCAAAGCACAUUUCUGGUAACUCCUUGGUGCUGGUGCUACUGUCUCUCCCCAUUGCCGGCAAUGGGAGACGGGCCAACGACGUUCAAUUCCUGGUGUUGGGGGUUAAAACAGUGAUGGUGGCCAGGGUCAAACCCUGUCAGAGAAACACCUUUAAUGUGGCAGAACCAUUGCCCAUUGAAAAUCAAUAGAGAAAGUGCUGUAGCAACUUCCAGAGCUGCCAGAACCGUGAAAUGAUUUUAUUAAUAGAGUUUUGCUUAUGCACUCCUCCCCAUCCCUUCACUGUGUGAAAACACGAGUUUGGACACAAGGAGCUUGGGUUUUUUUGUUCUCUUUUGGGGGGGGGGUGUUAAUGUAGGCCAGAGGUAAAUUUCUGGUUUCUUCUAUAUCGUUAACACUCUCUUUACCCACACUUGUUGUGCUUGUGAAGAUCUCACUAAAUACAAAUAGAGCUUUUCUUUGACUAGAGUUUGGUUGAUUCUUAACCCCCCCCAAAACAAAAGUUUGUAAUCUGGGGGUAGAAGUCAGUGGCAGGAACGUUGGAGCGAUGGUGUGUGGAUGACAGAGGACUCUGGAGACGUUGGCUCCAGGUGGUGCUGGACUCUUCUGACUUGCUGCCGUGAACUAAACUUGUUUUGGUUUCUGGAAAGAUUCUUGCAGGAGUUUGAGUUCUUGCCCUGAAUGGACAAGUGGGUUUUGCAUCUCAAUACGCAGAUCUUACCCCAUGUUUCUGUUUGUGGUUGACACUUGGUGUGUGAGGUGGACAGAGGUUGGUUGGUCUGGUGCAAACCCAGCUGACAAGUUGCUGUCUUGGACUCUUUGAUUACAAGAUAAUACAAAAGCCCCUCAGUGUGUUCUAGUGCUUUGCAGCUCUACAAUUAACUCUGAUUUGGGGGGAGGGAGAAAAAAGAGACGUGUCUGCACUAGAAGAAACAAACUGUGAGACUUUGAGACAAACAUCUGAAGGCAAACGAACUCUGGGCAACUCUCACCGAUAUUCCUACGUGAAUAAGAGAAGUACUUUCUACCAAACCUGGGACUGUUGAAUGGAGUUUUACAGUAACUCAAAGACUUAAAUGUGGAAGUUUUAGGCAACAUUGAAAGGCACAUUUUAUUUCAUUCUGGACAAACCCAUGGAUAACAGAAGACUAAUGCAUAAGAAGGAAUCCGAGAUAAGCCUUGGAAUUAAACCUGGACCACUUUGCGUACGUGUUUCUCACUCGACAUUUUAGCUGCAUAACAAUGUGCUUUGAGUAUAACAUCAGGCUUUAACCAGUACUUAAAGACAGAACAUACAGCAGUAAGAUAAUAAAAGGCUCAUUUUUAUAUUUGUUUUAGAUGUUUUAACUAGAUAAAAUGGCUUAAGAUGAUGAAUAAAAAUGUUGCUUGUAAUACAGUUUUGCCUGCUAAAUUAUCCACAUUUUGUAACCUGUUUAUUCCUUUGGAUGUAAAGCGUUUUUGCUUAGUAUCGUGAUAUUGUAUAUGUUUUGUCCCAGUUGUAUAGUAAUGUUUCAGUCCAUCAACCAGCUUUGGCUGCUGAAAUCAUACAGCUGUGAAGACUUGCCUUUGUUUCUAUUAGAUGGCUUUUCAGUUCUGUAUUAAAUAUCUUAAGUACUAUAGAAAAGGUGUCCCCUCUUCCUAUAAGGCUGUUUUGUAAUAUAUAUAAGGACUGGAAAUGUGUUUUUAAAGAGAAGAAGCAUUCAAGUAUGACAAUAUACUAUCUGUGUUUUCACCAUUCAAAGUGCUGUUUUAGUAGUUGAAACUUAAACUAUUUAAUAUCUCAUUUAAUAAAGUGACCAAAAUACACGAA